AUGCCACACUCCGACCUCAAGCGAAUGCGCACUAGAGUUGCCUGUUACCCAUGCCGGGAGCGGAAAAGAAAAUGCGACGGCGCUGAACCUUGUAGGACUUGCAGUCAAUGGGGCUAUGACUGCCACUACGAACGUCAGUCACGACAGAGGAACCAUCCUCCCCAACAACCGCAGAGAGAAAUUGCUCCAGAUCCAAGGCCUCCACAGCAAACCGACUCGGUUGAUACACACGGGCUGGAUCGUCGGUUGUGGGCAAACUCCGGUGCUGCGUUUGUUCGGAGGAUGGGCCUGAAUAUCGAUCCUGCGAAAGCGCCAAAACUCAGCCUUUUUGGUUGGAAUAUUGGAAAGCGACAACUGUCGUCUGAACCCCAAGCUGUAUAUCCUGUGCUGUCAAUCACGGAUAUCACAUCAUUGGAACACAUGAGGACCCUCGCUCAGGUCUACUUCACCAAGAUUGCUCCAUACUAUGGCUUUAUUGAUUCUUCUCAAUUUUUUGAGCGACUGGAGGCUAGGUGGCAGUCUCCCAUGGUUAAUAGUUUAUAUGACAGUGUUCUAGGUGGGGUCGCUGCACUAGGUUGUUUGCAUUCCCAACGAAACAUGACCAUCACCGAGUUACAUCUCAUCGCAUCCGCACAAUCUAUUCUCGACUCGCACGUUCUGUGUGGGGCUCCCCCCGUAGACCUUCUUGUUGGGUGGACAUUACGAGUCGUCUAUAUGCGAAUGACAGAUCUGCCUCACUCAACAUGGAUGGCGAGCUCGAAGUUGAUGCAUCUGGUGGAAGCUGCAGGAUUCCAUCUAGAGUCCACUGAUUCAGUCUUUCCGCGUAGUAUUGACACGGAGUUUGAUCCAAACAUCCAAAGGCGACUCUUCGGCGUGGCACUACACCUUAAUAUGUGGACUUCUUAUGAUCUUGGUUUAUCAAGAGUGUCCUUUCAAAAGAAUGAUCUGCCAUUACUCCCAUCAACUAUCGAGGGUGACUACACGCAUGAGCUGCUGGGGCUUAUUCCAUUAUCGGCAAGCCUAGAUCCAGGAAAGCCAAAAGAAGAUGAUAUCAAGCUAGAAGAAACGCUUGCACAGAUCCUAGAAAGAGUUCAUAAUGAGCCUCCCUCGGCCAUGGCGCAAUGCAAUCUUGUGCUUUGCAUUCUGCGCAGAAUUCACACAGAGAAACUUGAGAUCUCUCCUCUCCUCGCCGAAAAAGCCUUAGCGGUGCUGAAAAAGGGACUUUCUUGCUCACGCACUAUGGUCGCGAACUGCAAUCCCUGGCAACAUAUGGCAAAUGUACCUUUCCACGUCAUAUGUCUCUUGCUUGUGAUGGACACACGGCAAUCGCUAGCGCUACUCCCCGAAGCAAUGCAGACAUUGAAGUUCGUCGCCUCCACUUACGAUACAAACACCAUGAGAGAAGCCUGGAGUGCGGCUCUCUUGCUGGUUAUGCUUCAUCAACAACGGAGGAAAGAUGAUAUUGCGAUCUUCAAUGACAUUAUGAACAUGGAGGAGCAAGAACGUCCAGCUGGAAUAUCCCCGCAAGAAUUUCCAAGCGCGGAAGAGUACUCCUGGCUAGGGGCUUUGGUCGCUGAUCUACCCGGUUUGCAAAGGGAUGACCUUGAUCAAUUUCUGAAUUCGGAUAUGAUUGAUAGCUCAAGUUUCUUGGGUGGGGCUAGAUGA